UAAGAGUGUUUGAUUAACAGAAACCUGCUUUUAAGCAGAAUUACCUUUACCCGACGCGGUGUGCUGUAAAGCGCUUUAAUCGCCAAGAUGAGUUACAUGCCAGCCCAGAAUCGUACAAUGUCGCAUAAUAAUCAAUAUAAUCCGCCGGACUUGCCACCCAUGGUGUCGGCCAAGGAGCAGACCCUGAUGUGGCAACAGAACUCGUAUCUGGGCGACUCGGGUAUCCAUUCGGGGGCCGUCACCCAGGUGCCGUCGCUGUCCGGAAAAGAGGAUGAGGAGAUGGAGGGCGAUCCGCUUAUGUUCGACCUGGACACGGGAUUCCCACAGAACUUCACACAGGACCAGGUGGACGACAUGAACCAGCAGUUGAGCCAGACGCGCUCGCAGCGAGUGCGAGCCGCCAUGUUCCCGGAGACCCUGGAGGAGGGCAUCGAGAUACCAUCGACACAGUUCGACCCACAGCAGCCGACGGCUGUUCAGCGUCUGUCGGAGCCGUCGCAGAUGCUGAAGCAUGCCGUGGUCAACCUGAUCAACUACCAGGACGACGCUGAGCUGGCCACCCGAGCCAUACCUGAGCUGAUCAAACUGCUCAACGACGAGGACCAGGUGGUGGUCUCGCAGGCCGCCAUGAUGGUCCACCAACUGUCCAAGAAGGAGGCCUCGCGCCAUGCCAUCAUGAACAGUCCCCAGAUGGUGGCCGCCCUGGUGCGCGCCAUAUCGAACAGCAACGACCUGGAGAGCACCAAGGCCGCCGUUGGAACCCUCCACAAUCUGUCGCACCAUCGCCAGGGUCUCCUGGCCAUCUUCAAGAGCGGCGGCAUCCCGGCCCUCGUCAAGCUGCUAUCGUCGCCCGUCGAGAGCGUGCUCUUCUAUGCGAUCACCACGCUGCACAACCUGCUGCUCCACCAGGAUGGCUCCAAGAUGGCCGUGCGCCUGGCCGGCGGUCUUCAGAAAAUGGUCACCCUGCUUCAGAGGAACAACGUUAAGUUCUUGGCCAUCGUCACCGACUGUCUGCAGAUCCUGGCCUACGGCAACCAGGAGAGCAAGCUCAUCAUUCUUGCUUCAGGCGGACCCAACGAACUGGUGCGCAUCAUGCGCUCCUAUGACUAUGAGAAGCUCCUUUGGACCACAUCGCGCGUUCUGAAGGUGCUCUCGGUGUGCUCAAGCAACAAGCCGGCAAUCGUGGACGCCGGCGGCAUGCAGGCGCUGGCCAUGCACCUGGGCAACAUGUCGCCCCGUCUCGUCCAGAACUGCCUGUGGACUCUGCGCAAUCUUUCGGAUGCGGCCACCAAGGUGGAGGGACUAGAGGCCCUCUUGCAGUCACUGGUCCAGGUUCUCGGUUCCACCGACGUCAACGUGGUAACCUGUGCCGCCGGCAUCCUCUCGAAUCUGACUUGCAACAAUCAGCGCAACAAGGCCACCGUCUGCCAGGUGGGCGGUGUCGACGCCCUUGUCCGCACUAUCAUCAAUGCCGGCGAUCGCGAGGAGAUCACCGAGCCGGCUGUAUGCGCCUUGCGCCACCUCACUUCGCGCCACGUCGACUCUGAGCUGGCGCAGAACGCGGUCCGUCUCAACUACGGGCUUUCGGUUAUUGUGAAGUUGCUCCAUCCCCCAUCACGGUGGCCGCUUAUCAAGGCCGUCAUCGGGCUGAUUCGUAACCUGGCCCUCUGUCCGGCCAACCAUGCCCCGUUGCGAGAGCACGGCGCCAUCCAUCACUUGGUGCGCCUGUUAAUGCGCGCCUUCCAGGAUACUGAGAGGCAACGCUCAUCGAUUGCCACCACGGGCUCCCAGCAGCCGUCUGCUUACGCCGACGGCGUUCGCAUGGAGGAAAUUGUCGAGGGCACAGUGGGGGCCCUGCACAUCCUGGCUCGAGAGUCGCACAAUCGCGCCCUCAUACGCCAGCAGUCGGUGAUUCCGAUCUUUGUGCGCUUGCUCUUCAACGAAAUCGAGAACAUCCAGCGCGUGGCUGCCGGCGUGCUCUGCGAGCUGGCCGCCGACAAGGAAGGUGCCGAGAUCAUUGAACAGGAGGGUGCCACCGGCCCGCUCACCGAUCUGCUGCACUCCCGCAACGAGGGCGUGGCCACGUACGCCGCCGCAGUGCUCUUCCGCAUGAGCGAGGACAAGCCGCAGGACUACAAGAAGCGUCUCUCUAUCGAGCUGACCAACUCUCUGCUGCGCGAGGACAACAACAUUUGGGCCAAUGCUGAUUUAGGCAUGGGUCCGGAUCUGCAGGAUAUGCUUGGACCCGAAGAAGCAUAUGAGGGCCUUUACGGACAAGGUCCGCCCAGUGUGCACAGUUCGCACGGAGGUCGCGCAUUCCAUCAGCAAGGAUAUGAUACUCUACCAAUAGAUUCGAUGCAGGGUCUGGAGAUCAGCAGCCCGGUGGGCGGUGGCGGCGCUACUGGCAAUAGCGGAGGUGUUAACAGUGCUAGCGCCGGCAGCGGUGCUGUCGUCCCACCCAGCGGGGCACCAACAUCGCCCUAUUCCAUGGACAUGGACGUCGGCGAGAUCGAUGCCGGUGCAUUGAACUUUGACUUGGAUGCCAUGCCGACGCCACCCAACGACAACAAUAACUUGGCUGCCUGGUACGAUACCGACUGUUAGACGACAAGCUAAAAUUCGAUCC